CAAUUCUUCCUCUAUUAUGUCCUCAUUUUUCCAAUUUGUUCUCUGUUUCUCUCUGUUUCUACUUUGUUGCAUUAUUUCUCUCUUUAAUAAAACAAUGUCUGCAGCUGGAGGAGUCCUCCCCGGUGAAGGUAUAAAGGAGUAUCCCGGAAAACUCACUCCGUUUGUCACCGUAACAUGCAUCGUUGCUGCCAUGGGCGGCCUCAUUUUUGGUUACGAUAUUGGGAUUUCAGGUGGGGUUACUUCCAUGGACUCAUUUCUGGAGAAGUUCUUUUGGAAUGUGUACGAGAGAAAGAAUUUGAUUUCCACAAAAAACCAGUAUUGCCACUACGACAGUCAGAUUUUGACGAUGUUCACGUCGUCGCUCUACUUAGCAGCACUCGUCGCCUCACUCGUUGCAUCGAUAGUAACCCGUAAGCUUGGCAGGAGGCCUUCCAUGCUCCUCGGUGGCAUAUUGUUCUGCUCCGGCGCCAUCAUUAACGGUUUCGCCAAAGCUGUCUGGAUGCUCAUUCUUGGUCGUCUUUUACUCGGCUUUGGUAUUGGAUUCACAAAUCAGUCUGUGCCACUCUACCUUUCUGAAAUGGCUCCUUACAGAUACAGAGGAGCUUUGAACUUCUUCUUCCAAUUAUCCAUUACAAUAGGGAUUCUUGUAGCCAAUGUUGUUAACUAUUUCACAUUCAAGAUUAAGGGUGGUUGGGGAUGGAGAUUGAGUUUAGGGGGAGCCAUAAUCCCAGCUAUGAUUAUCACCAUUGGAUCAAUCCUAUUACCAGACACACCAAAUUCGAUGAUUGAAAGAGGAGAAAAUCCCCAUGAAGAAGCCAAACUUCAACUUAGAAGAGUUCGUGGAGUUGAAGAUGUUGAACAAGAAUUUCAAGAUUUGGUUACAGCUAGUGAAGCCUCAAAACAACUCAAACAUCCAUGGAAAAACUUGCUGCAGAGGAAAUACAGACCCCAUCUCUGUAUGGCCAUACUAAUUCCUUUCUUCCAACAACUCACUGGCAUCAAUAUCAUCAUGUUCUAUGCCCCCCUCUUAUUCAACUCUAUCGGCUUCGAAUCCGACGCUUCUUUGAUGUCUGCCGUCAUCACUGGCAGCUGGAAUGUACUUGCCACUAUUGUUUCCAUUUACGGCAUUGAUAAGUGGGGACGAAGGUACCUUUUUUUCGAGGGAGGCAUUCAGAUGUUGUUAUGUCAGGCAAUUGUAGCAGGGGCAAUUGGAGCAAAAUUUGGAGUGAAUGGAAUGGUAGAAAACUUGCCAAAGUGGUAUGCAAUUGUGGUGGUGCUUUUUAUAUGCAAUUAUGUUGGAGGUUUUGCUUGGUCUUGGGGGCCUCUUGGUUGGCUUGUUCCUAGUGAAAUCUUCCCACUGGAAAUUCGCUCGGCAGCUCAAAGUGUCAAUGUCUCUAUAAACAUGUUCUUCACAUUUGCAGUGGCACAAGUGUUCUUGACAAUGCUUUGCCACAUGAAGUUUGGUCUCUUCAUUUUCUUUGCUUCCUGGGUUUGUGUAAUGACACUUUUCAUCUACUUCUUCCUCCCAGAAACAAAAGGCAUCCCAAUUGAAGAAAUGUUCAAAGUGUGGAAGAGCCAUUGGUAUUGGUCAAGAUUUGUGACUCAUAAUGAUUCCCAAAUAGGAGGGUUAGAGAUGAGGGAAGGAAGGCAACAAGUAAUCUCAACUGUCACACCGUCAUUGGAUGUGAUUUAUGAGAUAAGAGCAUAUUGAUUGGUCUCUCUUGAGAACUUAGAAGCAAAUACCUCUCAAUUUGCUUUGCUGUUUCUUAUCUCUAAGAAAGGAAUUUAUUACACUCGCGUGUUGUUUAGGUAAGAUAUUUGAAAAGGGAGUAAUGUGUGUGUACAUCUGUUAGAGACGGAAUUUAGGGAUAACAGAGGAAAGAUCAUAAAGGUGGGAUCUCAUUUGGUUUAAUGAGGAAAAAGUUUCUGUAACUUUUUAUUUUUCUAACGUUCAUCUCCAUUGAUAAAGCUAAAUCUUGAAGAUUUGAAUGUAGACCUACUGUUUGAACACUUUAUAAUCUUAGAAGUCCCUAAUACUUAUGGUAAA